AUGUCUGUCGAGAAGAUCACCACUAUCUCGCCUAUUACCAACAAGCCAAUUCUUACACGCAAUGGCCUCUCAGAUGCCGAUAUCCUGGCCAUACCCGAGACAGCCACUCGCGCUUUCGAGACGUUCAGACGCACUUCGCUAGCUGAGCGACAACAAAUCGUCAAGAAGGCUCUCAAACUGCUCGAUGAACGCCAGGAUGCGUUGGGCAAAGAGCUCACAGAGCAGAUGGGUCGCCCUAUCGCAUACACGCCCAAAGAAGUCACAACAGCCGUUAUGCGGGGCGAGUACCUGCUGAAGAUCAGCGACGAUACCCUCAAAGACACACCUGGUGAGGCUGAGAAGGGCUUCAAGCGCUAUGUCAAGAAGGUCCCCUUGGGCCCGGUGCUGAUCCUCUUCCCCUGGAACUACCCUUACCUCACACUCGUUAACUCUCUUGUACCUGCUAUUCUUUCUGGCAACUCAGUCAUCUUGAAACCAUCUCCCCAGACGCCAACCAGCGGAGAGCAGAUUCAGAAGAUCUUCUCGGAUGCAGGUCUGCCAGAUGGCGUGCUUCAGGUCUUCCACAGUGGUUCUAUCACUCAAAUCGAGGCUAUUGCCAGGUCACCGCAAAUUCAGCUCGUUUGCUUCACUGGGUCUGUUGCAAAUGGCCUUGCUGUGCAAAGUGCUGCAAACGACAGGGUGCCUCUGCGUGUAGGACUUGAGCUUGGAGGCAAAGAUCCUGCUUAUGUGCGGUCAGAUGUUGACAUCAAAUGGGCGGCAGAGGAAAUUGUUGACGGAGCGAUCUUCAACUCCGGUCAGAGCUGCUGCAGUGUUGAGAGGGUGUACGUUGAUGAGAAGAUUCACGACGAUUUCGUCUCAGCGGUACAGGAUGUUCUCAAGGGCUACAAGCUCGGUGAUCCUUUCGACAAGGAUACUCAGAUCGGUCCCGUGGUGUCUAAGAAGUCUGCAGAGACUGUACAAGCACAUAUCAAGGACGCUGUCGAGAAGGGUGCAAAGAACGCUACGCCCGAGAACAAGAGCUUCAAGAAUCCUCCUGCAGAUGGCAACUACGUUGCUCCUACUCUACUCACUGGUGUCACUCACGACAUGGCCGUCAUGACCGAGGAGACGUUCGGGCCCAUCAUUCCUGUUAUGAAGGUUAAGGACGAUGCUGAGGCGAUCAAGCUUAUGAAUGACAGCCAGUUUGGUUUGACUGCAAGUAUCUGGACUAAGGAUACCGAGAAGGGGCACGAGCUUGUGGAUGAUGUAGAGGCUGGCACAGUAUUCGUCAACCGCUGCGACUAUCCAGCACCGGAUCUCGCGUGGGUCGGCUGGAAGGAUUCUGGCAAAGGACAGACACUGAGCAAGUUCGGCUUUGAUCAGUUCGUCAAGCUCAAGAGCUAUCACGUUAAGGAUUAUCCGAAAUAG